GUUUAAUUGUUGAAUCCAAAUUUGCAUAAAUACAAUGUAAUGACCCCAGACUGCAGCAUCAAUAGUGGCAAAUAUAUACGGUAGGAUAGUGGAUAGUUAAAAUUGAAAUUCAUGUAUUAGUGAACACAACGUCGUCAUUAAAGUGAAAGUUGUGAAGAUGCGUAAAAUAUUGCUAAUAAGCGGAAAGCGUAAGUGCGGUAAAGACUUUCUGUCAGAGAGGUUACAGAAACGCCUGGGAGAUCGUGCCUUAAUUGUUCGCAUCUCGGAGCCCAUCAAAACCGAAUGGGCACGCAAGCUGGAACUGAAUUUGAACUCUCUGCUAAGCGAUGGACCAUACAAGGAGCAGUACCGCCGCGACAUGAUAGUCUGGAGCGAUGAGGUGCGCGCCCGGGACUACGGUUACUUCUGCCGUAUGGCCAUGACGCAAGCUCCGCUGGAUCUGGUGGACGUUGUCAUCGUCAGUGACAUAAGACGUACGAACGAUGUGCGCUGGUUUCGGGAGACCUAUGGCGAUGAUGUGGUGCAGACAUUGCGAUUGACAUCGUUACCGGAGACGCGCAAAGCACGCGGCUGGAAUUUUACAGCAGGUGUUGACGAUGUGGCUUCCGAAUGCGAUUUGGAUGACUACCAAUUCGACUGUGUGUUGCCUAAUGAUGCGGAGAUGAGCAGCGAGCAGUUAAUUGAGAAGGUGUUGAAGGUGUUUAAGCUAAGCUAGCAUUAAAAGGCGAUGGGAAUUGUGUGCACUUUGGGAUUCUAUGCUAUCGAGAAAGAUCGAUAAUCCCAAUUUCUUAUUAUAUUUUUGCUAGAAAUAUUUUUGGGUACUUCAUAUUUGUAAAUAAAGUGAUGUGGGCAUAUACAAGUGAA